UUCUAUUUCUUUUCUGCCGUGGUUGACCGCUAUUAUAUUUCCCCACCAAACACCAAUGUCAACAAAUGACAUCAACUUUGAGAUUCUUCCAAGCCACCGCGGGGAGGGCUCGAUCCCAGCCUGGGCCGUCUCAUAAUUACGUCUCAUGAAGAAAGAAUGCUCCCAUCAGCAAAUCGUUCUCAAAUUGGCGACACCCCAGAGAUUGGGCUGAGGACAAUAAACAUCGAAUCAUCGCACGGAUUGGAGACCGCAGACGCUGAUGGGUCAGGCGUGAAAUCAGAUGGCAGCCAAUCAGAGGGCCGAUCGCCCACUUGAGCAGGGGCUCUAAUUCUCGACCCCCCCAGUCCGUUCUUGGCCGAACCGUUCCACCAAACCCAAUCGGACCACUGGUGAUACACACAGGGCCAUUGUUUUUUUCUUUUCAGUGAUCCAGUUGCUCGGGAUGUGGCCUCGACACCUCACUUUAACUUCGCCCGUGGCUGGCCUAUGGGACGGGUGGCGCAUCACGCCCGGGAAUUCCGCGUGGUUUUGUUCUGAGCAAUCACCGUUUCCUCCUGCGCUUCUUCCAAAUCUUCCAUUCAAUUCCUAUUCUUCUGCCCUCCUUGGCCGCGGCCCAUCAUCACCACGGUACCUACCCUGCUGAUGUACCAAUCCAGUCCUAUAACACGGAAACCCCCGCGUCCUGACUGACGACCGACCUCAUUUUCCUUGUGUUUGCUUGCUCUGAAGCCCUUUGAUGCCUCUGCCCGACUCGAGAUCGGCCACGCCUUCGCAGUGGAGCAUCCCCGGCAGCUUAAGAAACACACUUUUGCUCAGUCGUACGCCACCGCUUCAUUCUUCCUCUCUUUCACGUCAUAGCACCUCGAGUACGCCAUCGACAUCAUUCAAUCGCACGUAUGGCCGCCAGACGCCCCAAGAAGAGCCGCAAGUACUUUCGAGAGCAGGUCUCAGCCAGUCGUGGGAAAUGAGCCGGCCCGGCUCUAGAAUGACUCGGCCGUCCACGGCCAUGACAUCAAGGUCAUACAUCACCACAUCACCCCGGCCAUCGUCCACCAUGGACGGCCGUAUCUGUACAAAAAGCCCCAGACUAUCUGUGCUCGAAAGGGCACAAGAAGCCAGGCGAGAAGAAGACGCACUCCUCAUCCGGGCAGCGAGGAGGGAGAGCCUUGCCCACAAACUAGCGCCUGGCAGGACUAAUGCCGAUGGGUUCUGGGCCCUCCCCGCGGAACACCCCCAAAGAUAUACGGCCGCCCCAAGGAGGCUUCCCGGCCAGGACACCUCAAGUUGGACUAUUCGACCGCAGCACGCAGGAUACCAGUCCUUCAAUGUGGAUGUGCUUGCUACUAUCCUGGAGGAAAAGCAUAACAUGGACCCCGAAAGAGCGUCACGCGUCAUGAGGAUAUGGGAUGCUGUCAUCAAGUGUCUAGACGAGAUAUCAUCUUCGCUGGAUGCGAGUACAAGGCACUUAACGUGUGACCCGACCAAGGGCAUGGAUGGUGAGGAACCUACAGAACUUCAAUCUCCCUCAUCACCGACGAGACCCAUCGUUCGGGAUCUACUCUCUGAACACCAAGACCUUUCAGAGCCAGCUGAAGACACAGCCGGACCCAGAUAUCCCUGCCCGUUUAGGAAGCGGAAUCCAGUGAGGUUCAACAUCCGGGAGCACGAAAGUUGUGCCAAGGCUCCCUUCUCAUUCACCGAAUUAAGACACCACCUCGCUUCUCACCACAAACAAACAUUUAGGCCUCGCCAAUGCCGUCGCUGCAAGGUGCAAUUUGACAGUGACAUGGCUUUGCUGGAGCACCUCAUGCUUCCCAAAGACCGGAUAUGUGAUGUCGACUCACCCAAAAACCUCUAUGACCAGGAAGAUGGCAUCUCUCCAGACGUUGAGAAGGCGCUGCAUGACCCAAAACAGAGCAAUGAUUCAUGGACGUGGGAGUCAAUAUGGAAUCUGUUAUUCCCAUGUGACACCGAGAUUCCUGACUCAGACUUUCAUCCCAUAGUCGAGCUUUUUGAAGUCGAUCAUGCUUUUGACGCCGAAGAACAAACUCUGAAGAAGAAUCUCCGCGACACACUUCGUCUUUUGUUACCACAAGCUGGCAUCGACGACCAAUACUGCGGUUUUUUAUCAGGCCAGCUCGAUCUUGUGUUCCAAGUACACAGAGCGAGUGUCAUGAGACAGUGUCUAGAGCAUUGUGGCUCGACUUCACAGUCAGCAGCGCCACCACUUUCGUCAUCGUCGUCUGAUUGCACUACAACCAGCACGGAGACAGAUGGGAGUUCUUAUUCCAGUGCCAGAAGAAGCUCGAAACGGCGCUCGGCGGGUUUGAGUCUUUUGUCACCCAAGUCUCUGAGCAGCACCGCUCGGAUCAAGACAUGGAAGACAUUUGCUAGUACCGAUGAGAAAGGCCGAGUUGUUGAUAGCAAGGUAACCCCCAUGACGGAGAGCUUUGGCACCACCACACGCGAUCCAACUUCGAGAGAGAGCCUGGACUCUGCCAUCGGGAUGAGUAUCACCUGCUGUGACCUCUGCAACCAAGAUCCUUGCCGCUGCCGAGAGGUCAUCAUGUCUUGCAUCAAUGCCUCACCAACUCGAUUUGAAGAAGACCGUGUUGGAUAUUGGAAGAUGAAGGAAUUACAAGAACAGGAAGAACAAGAACUACAGCAACAGCUCAAGCGACAACCUGUCAGGGCAUUGCGCCGAACUGGACAUAUAAAUGGUCUGGCCAAAGACUUGCAGAAUCGAGAGCCAGAGCGGGAACAAGACUAUUGGCCACUAGGCAAGGAAGCCAUGGAUGGAACAGAUGCACAAGCUAAAGGUGGCAGUGAUGGAGGGCGAGUCACGCCAAUCGACAGAGUGAAAGAUUGUGCUUCGGAGGGUGGUCAUACCGAGCACUCUCCACAGAGCUUUAAGCAGAGAGUGUUGAGAGAGAGGCAUUUCAGUUACGUCAGGGGGUCUUGAGGAGGUUCGAGGUGGGUCUAAUCACAUGGGGUGCAGAUUGCGUUUCCAACAGGCCGGCCG